AUGGCAGCUUCCACUAUGUCUGUAUCUUCUUCAUUCAUCGGACAAGCAGUGAAAACAACACCAUCUGGUUCAGAAAUCACCGGAAAUGGAAGGGUUUCCAUGAGGAAGACAGCAGUCAAGAAAGUCGCACCAUCAGGAAGCCCAUGGUACGGCCCCGACCGUGUUAAGUACCUUGGCCCAUUCUCCGGCGAAGCCCCAUCUUACCUGACCGGUGAGUUCCCCGGUGACUACGGUUGGGACACUGCUGGGCUCUCUGCUGAUCCUGAAACAUUCGCCAAGAACCGUGAGCUUGAGGUCAUCCACAGCAGAUGGGCAAUGCUCGGAGCUCUUGGGUGCGUCUUCCCUGAACUCUUGGCUCGUAAUGGGGUCAAGUUUGGUGAGGCUGUAUGGUUCAAGGCUGGAUCCCAGAUCUUUAGUGAGGGUGGUCUUGACUACUUGGGGAACCCAAGUUUGAUCCAUGCACAAAGCAUUUUAGCCAUCUGGGCUACCCAAGUGAUCUUGAUGGGUGCAGUUGAAGGUUACAGAAUUGCUGGUGGACCUCUUGGUGAGGUAGUUGACCCACUUUACCCUGGUGGUAGCUUCGACCCAUUGGGUCUGGCUGAUGACCCAGAGGCAUUUGCUGAGCUGAAAGUGAAGGAGCUCAAGAAUGGUAGACUGGCCAUGUUCUCCAUGUUUGGAUUCUUUGUUCAAGCCAUUGUUACCGGAAAGGGACCGUUGGAGAACCUCGCUGACCACCUUGCUGACCCUGUUGCAAACAAUGCGUGGUCAUAUGCUACAAACUUUGUACCUGGAAAGUGA